CUAACUAUAGUACACUCUACUCAUAUUACAAAGCUGUUUCUAGUGCUUUUGGUUUUGCCUCUUAAGGAGUGUGCAUAAUGUGUAUGCACUUCUUUAUUUUUUGACAGGGUGAGUCUCUGGCAGUUUAGACAAAACAUGCAGUGCUACGAAAUCCUGGUUCAGUUCUUCAGCUGUUUACUAGCCUUUGGAGGAGCUCUGUAUUUCUACAGACAGACUUCAGUCCAGACCCCUUAUGGACGCUAUGUCGAUUUAUUCAAGAGACCAGUGAUGGUCCUGGCUAAGCUAGCCUGGCUUUCACAGGAGCUUCCUUCAUUCCUUGUGCCUUUCUUAUUAUGGUAUAAGGCAGAUGGGCAACUCAGCAUAGUCAAGACGGUGCUCCUGAUGAUGUUCUGCGCACACUAUUUUCAAAGGACUUUCAUCUAUGCUCUGUUGACCAGAGGCCGGCCCUCUCCCCUUCAAAUCGUGAUAUUUGCAAUGAUCUUUUGCACGAUCAAUGGCUUCUUUCAGGGAUACUACAUGGUCUACUGUGCCGAGUAUGAUGACGCCUGGCUCACUGACAUCAGGUUAAUCCUAGGUGGGAUUAUGUUUUUGCUUGGAAUGGCUAUCAAUAUCCAUAGCGACGAUAUACUACGGAACUUGAGAAAACCAGGCGAGAUAAAUUACAAAAUACCCAGAGGAGGAAUGUUUGAGUAUGUCUCUGGUGCCAAUUUCCUUGGGGAGAUCAUAGAGUGGUUUGGCUAUGCACUGGCCACUUGGUCUUUGCCGGCACUUUCUUUUGCCUUCUUCACCCUGUGCUCAAUUGGACCACGAGCCUACCACCAUCACAGGUACUAUCUGGAGAAAUUUGAAGAUUAUCCAAAAUCAAGAAAAGCUCUGAUACCGUUUGUGUUUUAAAAAAGGAAAAAGAAAAUGUACUUCCUUACACUUACUGCCUUGAAGGGCACUGCAAAGAAACGACCUAGCUCAGUGUAAAGUAAGGAAGAGGAUGACUUGACCAAGGAAGUAAAACACUAACUGAAAGCAUGGCUCACAAGCAAAGAUUUCUUUAAGUGUAGUAUCAUAAAUAAUGUUUUAAAAUCAACAUAUGUUUACUAUAAUGUGUAUCUAUCAAAACUGCAUAUUUGAGAUGUAUAUGACGAAUAGAAAUAAAGUAUGACAACUUUCAUUUUGUCAGUGAUGUUGUGGAAAACUUGGCUGUGUCAGUAAUCGCUGUCAAUACUGGUAUGCUCUCUUUUGACCCUAAAGUACAUAGAGCUAACAACAAUUCCUGUAACACUUAUCUAAUAUGUCUUACCAUCAUUUCAUAGAUCUCACAUGAUGGGGUGCAGUCAAUAUUGAAAAUAUGUUAGUACAGCUAUGACCAGAACUUUAACAUCACCCUAUAUUAUUAUUAUUAUUAUUAUUAUUAUUAUUAUUAUUAUUAUUAUUAUUAUUAUUAUUAUUAUUUAUUUCUGAGCAGACACCCUUAUCCAGGGCGACUUACAAUUCUUUCAAGAUAUCACAUUAUUUUUACAUACAAUUACCCAUUUAUACAGUUGGGUUUUUACUGUAGCAAUCUAGGUAAAGUACCUUGCUCAAGGGUACAGCAGCAGUGCCCCCCACCUGGGAUUGAACCCAUGACCACACUGCUGCCCUAAUAUAAUUAACCAGCUUUGCUUCAUAAAGUCAAUGGAACCUGCUGAAUAAUGUUACGUUAACAUAUUUUAUUACAACCACUUUGUAGUUUUCCAUAUAGUUAACAAAAAACUGACAACAAUUGAAAUAAUGUGACAUUUUGAAUUCAAAAUCUAACAUGAGAUACUCUACUACUAUUGUGGGAUCUGGUAGACUUUUGCAAUAUCAUUUUGUAGUUUCUGUGAUUACAUGAUGUUAAAUAAAAGAUCUAAAUUAUGUUUAUAUAGUUUUGUCUCAAUCCUAAGGUAAUGCUAAACUUGUAUCCAUAGCUGUACUGAAAAGCAGGAGCACCAGCAUUCUAUUUGCAUGGCAUUUACAAGGUCAAGGUGUAAUAACAAAUAUUUUUUAGUUGAUUGUGAUUCUCUGGUAUUUGUCCAAUAGGGUUUGGUGCCUUCAUUCUACUGUGAUUGUUUCUACUUCACCCAAGCAACUUCACACAAGAAGCAAUGUGUAAAUGACCAAUUGAACAACUGCAAAGUCAUUAAUAACACUUUAAAGUGGAGUAGAAAAUCAGAAUGUCGGUUAAAAUGCUGCAAUCCAGCAUACUGCAUGCUUAGAAAUACAGAUCACUAAAACAUUUCCAUUAAGAUAGUCCUUAUCCAUAGCCAUGCAAUACUGACAAGGAUUAUUCUGCAAAGUACAGCUUGAUACACUGAACUUCAGUAAGACUUCAAGAAGGACGUACCUACAAAGUGUGUCUAUUCCUUUAGUGGCUGUUUCUCACUGUCUAAAUAGGAAAAUGGAAAUAGUCUUUGAAAACUUUCCUUUUAGUGAAGGCAUUGCUCAGCCUGACACUUUAUCUUUGAUUUGUAUUUUUGGAUAAACCUUUUGUUUGGCCCUGUGCCUAUUUGUUUUGUGUUUCUGUUUUCUUUUUGUUUAAUAAACAUGCGCCCCAGCGCUUAAAACCUGCA